AUGGACAAUCUUUUACAGGAAAAUCAUAGUCUAUUAAAGAAAUUAGAAUUGAAAAAGGAAAUGGAAGCAGCUUAUCUCGAUGAGAUCGAACAACUUAGAUCAGUAAUUACUCAAUUACAACGAGAAAAGACUUCGAUUUCCACUCCACGUGUUGAUGACAAUUCGUCAUUAUUGUAUGACCUAGAAGGUCGUGUUGAAAAAUCUGAAGAAAAAGUUGCGCUACUUACCAAAGAGCUUGAUUUAGCCAAAAAGCGGGAAGCUGAUCUACUGGAACAAUUAAAUAGUUUUGUAAAUAAAGUGGAUAGUAUUUCUGAAUGUUCUGUAACUGUUCCUGAACCACACAAUUCUUUGGCAGAGGAAGUCAUUCGGUUGAAAGAGGAACUAUCUAGCAAAGAAACUUCUAAUCGUCUUGAACAAUCAAAAUUAACUCGUCAAAUUCAAGAAUCGGAGGAUGAUCGUCAAAAUUUACAGGAUUAUAUUAUUGAAUUAGAUCGUCAGUUAAAAGAUUGUCGAUUAGAAUUAACUGAUACUCGAGCUCAACUAGAAGCAUUACAAAUUCAAUCAAAUUCUACAGAAAGCACACGAGGGAAUUCAGUAUUUUCUGAAAUUGAAGAUCGGCGUAUUCGUGCCGAGAAAAUUGUUGUUAAACAAGAAGAACAAAUUAAUGAAUUAAAACUACGUUUACGUCAAACAGAAGCUGAUGCUAAGCGUAAAUUAACAGAAUCAAUUCAGAAAUUAGAAACUAGGUAUCGUGAUCGAGACACGAAUUUUGUUGAUGAGUUAGUCGCUGAACGUGAACGUUUGAUUAAUGAAAACACGAAAUUGAGUUAUCAAGUACAACAUUUGGAAGAACUACAAUUGGAUCAAGAGCGUGGAGCUUUAAAAAUAUCAAAGGCAUUUAAUUUAGAAGGUAACUCACAAGAAGGUGUCAUAUCGAAUUUAGAGCGUCGAAUUAAACGAUUGAAACGCGCUCAAGAAGAAUCAACUGAAAUCAUCAAUGGACUCCGUCAACGUUUACUUGAUUCUGGUCAGAUUAGACGUAAAUUACAAAAUGAAUUAUGGCAUAGUAUUGAUGAAAAUACUUCUCUGUGUGAACAGAUCAGUGAACUUCGUAAACAACUUGCUGAUCUACGUAGUGAAAAAGUUUCUGAUAAUUUAAAAGCAAAUAAUGUGGAACUGAAAAUCAAACAGUCUAGUCCAUCACUCACAGAAAGUGCCAAGCUUGAUAUUGAGAACAGAGACCCUCAAAAAUUAAACAGUAACAAAGUUAAAUACUGUACUAAUUCUCUUAAAGAAACUUCCGUGGAAUUGUCGAAAUCUGUUCACAAAGUGGACUGUCCUGGUACUGGUAUUCAGAGCAAAGAUGUACCCCAAAAUUGUGCUACUUCAUAG